UACAUGGAUUCAGUUCACUAGCAGUUCAUCCUAGUAAUUUAAUCCAGCAUAGAUGAUGCAUAAUGAUAAUGCAUGAGCAUGCAUGGCUAAUUAGGACAGCAGGAAAGCUGCUCCACUCUUGAAUAACUAAUUAUAAAUAUGUGAAAGGGAUAGUUCACCCAAAAAUGAAAAUUUGGUCAUCAUUUGUCACCAAUAUGAUAUUUUAAAGAAUAGGGUAACCAAAAGAUUGCUGGUAGCCAUUUUCUUCCAUGUAGGAACAAAAUAUAAAAAUAAACGUCAAUGGCUACCAGCAACUGUUUAGUUAACAGUAUUCUUCAAAAUAUCUGUGUUCAACAGAAGAACGAAACUCAGGUUUGGGAGUUUCAUUUUUGGGUGAAAUAUCCCUUCAAACUUCAACAACAAAACAUUUUCAAUUCAAUUCAAGUUUAUUUCUAUAUCGCUUUGCAUGACGCAAAUUGUUGCAAAGCAGGUUUACCGAAAAUUAAAGUUUCUACAUUGUAUUUAGUAGUAGGUUAUCAGUCGGGACUAUCUCAAGUUGACAUUUAUAUUUCUAAAGUCAUGAAAAUGUUGCACAUUCAUUGAUCUCUUUGGCUGCAAAUGUAUGAAGCUGCUGUUAUUCAGUACAUUCACUAGGGGGCAGAUGUCAGAGGUCUUAAGGGCAGAUUUGAGGCUGCAGCAGCGAGAUCGGCCUGAGCGAGGGGUAAUGCUAAAUUACAGUAUUAACACAUAUAAACAUAAAUAUAAACUUAGUUCUCUGAAGCAGCUCUACACACGGUCACACUGGUGCUCAUGCUUACAUUAGCAAGAACAAUCUCAUGCUGUUAGAUUAUCAUAGGCACAUUUAAAUAAAGUCAGUACAUUGACAGUAUCUAGAUAUUAUUCAAAGAUGUUCUUCCAGCUAAAACGCAGUGGCACUGAGGAAAAUAAGCUCAGUUGCAAACUUAAGGUCAUUUCUAGCUUGCAAAUUCCAGCAUUUUCUUACUCCAUAAUAUGAUUCUGACAAAUACAAAUAUUUUUAAAUAUAAUCAAUGGUUUUGAAACAUUAGACUAAUUUUCUUCCAUUAGAGUGGCAUAUCAACUGUCAAAGUUAAUCCAGCUUCAAGUAAAGAUGUUCAGAACUAAUUUCUUGGUUGCAUUCAGUGAUUUUCACUUCUAAGAAAGCUUUUUAACCUUGAUUAAAUCUGACUUGGUUCAGCUUGGAAUCAUAAAUAACACCACUGCAUUCUCUAUAACCACUUUAUAGAAUUAAAUUUGUUUCAUAAUUGAUUAACUUUGCAGCAUCAACACUGUCAUUGAACUGAAUUGAAUGAAAAUUUAACUUUUUAAAUUGAAUUGAUAACACAAUCAUUUUUUGUAGAGCUGCUUUAUGUAGAAGUUGAAUUUGAUUCAUAAUUGCAAUAAUUUUGCAAUACCAACAAGGUUACUGAAGCUUUGAACUAAAUUGAGCUUUAAAAUGACACUAUUGAAUUCACUUUGUAAUUAAUUAACUUUGCAAAAUGACAUUGUUGCUGAUCUAAAUUCAGCUAAAUAAUGACAAUUCAUUUCUGCAGAGCUGCUUUGUAGCUGAAAUUGAAUGUUUUACAAUUGAUGAACUUUGCAACAUAUUGAACUGAACUGAAUCAAUACAGGACUAAAUUGAGCUGAGUAAUGACACUAGUGCUUUCUGUAGAGCUGCUUUAUUGAAUUGAAUUUGUUUUGUAAUUAAUGACUGACAUAAAUUAAAUUGAGCUGAAUAAUGUCAAUUUAUUUUCUGCUUUACAGCUGAAAUUGAAUUUGUUUUGUAAUUAAUGACUGACAUAAAUUAAAUUGAGCUGAAUAAUGUCAAUUUAUUUUCUGCUUUACAGCUAAAAUUGAAUUUGUUUUUCGUAUUGAACUUUGCCACAUCGACAGUUAUUGAAACAAACUGAAUGAAAUUAAAUUGGGCUUAUUAAUGACACUAUUGUUCUCUGUAGUUCUGGCUGAAUUGAAUUUGUUUCAUAAUUAAUUAACUUUGCAACACUGACACUGUUAAUGAACUGAAUUGAAUCAAUAUAGAAGCUAAAUUUAUGAAACUGAAGUAAUUUCGUAAUUAUUGGAUUAAAUGAAUCAGCUUUGAACUAAACUGGGUGAAUAAUGACUACUGUUUUCUGUAGAGCUGCUUUAUAGAAUUGAAUUAAUUUUAUAAUUGAUGACCUUUGCAAAAUUGACAGUUAUUGAACUGAACUGAAACAAUACAGAACUAAAUUGAGCUAAAUAAUUACACUUGUCUUCUGUAUGAUAACCGCUAGGCCGAGGUGGAGAUUUAUGGUGUGAUAGUUGCAAUGUCUUUUGCAUGAUCUGGCAUGUCAUGCCUUUUUAUCUUUCUCAAAAAGCAGCUCGUUUUCAUAACGCCUUCAGACCUGUUGAAGAGCCACUCCACGCUUGGUAUUGUCAAGAUGGAAAAGCCUAAGUUCUCUCUUUCCGCCCUGACAAGCACUCGCGGCGCCUUGCACAUAGCGCAGGUCGUGAUGUGUGUGGUGACGUUUGCGGUGAGCUACGUCUGGGGUCACCCGUUUCACACCUACUGGAUCUACUGCAUGGUGGUGUGGGGUUUGUGUCCCAUCAUCUCGCUGAUCAUCACCGUAGUGGAGAUGUUCCUCAUCCACAAGCUGAUCCUGGUGUUCUGCAUGGACUGGGACGACUUCACGACCGGCAUGGCCAUGAUGGCAUCGCUCUGCACGUUCUCCUGCACGGUGAUGUUCGCCAACUUCUACAUCUGCCGGAAGUGCAUUUGGGGCUGGAUGGUCACGAUUCUCUCGGUGGUGUGUUGCGCGCUUUACUGCGUGGAGACGUUCAGGGACAAAUGCGAUGCGACACGCUCUGCGACGUACGUGGCUGCGCUUCCAGGCUUCAUUAAGAUUCUUGAAGCCUUCGUUGCCUGCAUCAUCCUCAUUUCCCUGAUCGGUUACGUGGGUAAACCGGCUCUGCUGUGGUGCAUCGUGGCCUAUGCGGUUCCUUUGCCUCUAACCCUGCUGACCAUCAUCACCAACAUCUUGACCAAAAUAAAGAAAUGUCUGCCCUUCAGCAUUGAUCGUUUCACAAUGAUUUUCCUGGUCAUAUCGGUUCUGCUUUACAUCUCUGCUGCCAUUCUCUGGCCCACCUACAGCUUCAGAGGAAACCCGCGGCCCAAAGACUGCCCGGGAAACAACUGUAUAUGGAGCAUCCAGUUUGUUGUGACCAUCAUGACCUACAUUAAUCUCGGCCUGUACAUUGCUGACCUAGUCUUGACCUGCUUGGGUAUCUGUGGAUUCAAACGCUCUCAAUAAUACUUAUACUUAACCCUCUAUGGCACAGAGUUGCCAUAUGACAACAAUUAAUUUCUACUUAUUUCCUUGUUAUUCUGAAAAACCUCAUUUCUGAACAUCUCUUCUUAAGGGGGAUUUUUUUGCAUCAUCUUUGGUUAGUAAAUUACAUAUUUUGAUUCACAAAUAAAGAUAGUCUAACAUAGUUUUACUGUAAAUUGAGAAAAUAUCAAUGUUACCAUAUGGCAUCGCUGUACCACAGUGCAACUGAAGUAAUGUAUUUCUCCAUUGGGAUUUUUUAUAUUUAUAUUACCGUAUUGUCCCGAAUAUAAGACGACCCUGAUUAUAAGACGACCCCCCUUUUUCCAGAUGUACCUGUUGGAAAAAGGCUUUUUGAAAACCAAAUCUUGUUUUUUUUUUCUCUCUCUCUGUAAAACACAUUUAUUCUUAAAUUAUUUUCAUUUUGCAUAUUUUUCCAAUUCUAAUUUUUGUUUUGAAAGUAUGGUAAAUACUGGUAAAAUGUACCAACAAUGACAUGAAUUUUGAUAUACCAUUGAAAUAACAGGUAGCCCAUCUGAAUUAUAUAACAAUUAGGCUAUCCAACUCAUAGUAGCCUACCAAAAUGUUAUUAUCAGUAGAAGUGAAAUCUUAUCGU